AUGUUACGGAUCGACAGUGAUAUUGUGGGCUCAACCCGCGUGCCGAGGGAAGCUCCACCACCAAAUCCCGUCCCCGCUCGCAAAGGGCAUCUGAAUCUGGAUACCUUCUCCCCAGUCACUGAGAAUGGAAGUUUUGCCUUUGAUCAGGUCUUAAAAAGAGGAAGGGUGAUGAGGCGAUCAAAGAACAAACAUGCAUUCAAAGCAUCGUGGAAACCUGGAUAUCUGGUGCUACGACCCAACCUUCUUUCACUAUAUAAAGAUUCAGAAGAAGCCGAACUUCAACUGUCGAUCGACCUAUCCGACGUGACGGCGGUUGCCUUAGUGAAGGCUACAAAGUCAAAACGUCAACAUGUGUUUGGCAUCUUUUCCCCGUCCAAGAAUCACCGAUUUCAAGCUCUAUCCGAGAGUGAUGCAGAGAGCUGGGUUGAGUGCAUUCGCAACGAGAGCUGCUCGGAUGAUGCAGACUCAAUUAAGGGAUACGACGUGGCUGAAACCACAAAAAGAGGAGAAGCGGUUGAUAGCGCGAGUGAAACUGAAUGCGAUGGUCAUAGAGCGACAUCUAGCCAACCUGACAUCCCAUCCCUCCGUUCCGGCAAUCGGCAGGCACGGAAGCCUUCGCACACGCAAGACUACUCCGGGAACGAAGUAGCAUCCUGUUCAGAUUUCUCUGAUGCCAUUGCGAGCACCGCUCCACACCGCUCCACAGCUUCCUUACCCCGACACGAUCGGACGUCCCAAUCCCCCACUGCGCCCUUAGACCGUUCUCCGUCGCUGCCACGGAACACAAGCCAGCUGAGUGAUGGAGUACUUGGUAACUUGGACCUGGAACGCGUGAUAUGCCAUGGCUACCUCCUCUGUCUCAAAAGCAAAAAGGGAGUCCGGCAGUGGAAGAAGCUCUGGGUCGUCCUUCGACCGACGAAUAUAUUUUUCUACAAAGAUGAACAGGAGUACGCCGCUGUGAAAAUCAUAUCGAUGGAACAAGUCAUCAACGCUGCGGAAAUUGACCCUAUUUCCCGAUCUAAGAACUUUUGUCUCCAGAUUAUCGCGGAAGAUAAGACCUAUCGUUUCUGCGCGCCAGAUGAAGAAGCCCUGGCCAAAUGGCUGGGUGCACUCAAAAGCUUACUGGCUAAGCGCCAAGGUAGCACGUCGAAAUAUACAGCUGGCCCUGCUAUUGCUGGGCCUUCUUCAUCUUGA